GCGCGCCGUGCCGGCCGUCGCCGCGGUGACCGUCCUCGGAGUCCGUCGGCUCGCGCCCCGCCCCCGUUCCUACUGCCCCCUCCCCUGUCGCUGGCGGGGAGUGUUUCUCGCUCCUCCCGGUUGCUGCCGCCGUCGCCGCCGCUCCUCCUCUCCCAGUCUUGGGUUUCCCUGGCGCUACUGCCGCCACUGCCUCUGCGGUCUGUAUGAGGAGGAGGAGGAUGUGAAGAUGGCGGAGCUGCAGAUGCUGCUGGAGGAGGAAAUCCCGGGGGGCCGCCGGGCCCUCUUCGACAGUUACACGAAUCUGGAACGGGUGGCCGAUUACUGCGAGAACAACUACAUCCAGUCAGCAGAUAAGCAGCGAGCCCUAGAAGAAACCAAAGCCUACACCACCCAGUCCUUAGCAAGUGUUGCCUAUCUGAUAAAUACCUUGGCCAACAAUGUCCUGCAGAUGCUGGAUAUCCAGGCGUCCCAACUUCGAAGGAUGGAGUCUUCAAUCAAUCAUAUUUCACAAACCGUUGAUAUUCAUAAAGAGAAAGUUGCAAGAAGAGAAAUUGGUAUUUUGACUACCAAUAAAAACACUUCAAGGACACAUAAGAUUAUUGCUCCAGCCAACCUUGAACGACCAGUUCGUUAUAUUAGGAAACCUAUUGACUAUACAAUUCUAGAUGAUAUUGGACAUGGAGUAAAGUGGUUGCUUAGAUUUAAGGUGAGUACCCAGAAUAUGAAGAUGGGUGGGCUCCCGCGUACAACACCUCCAACUCAGAAACCCCCCAGUCCCCCUAUGUCAGGGAAAGGGACGCUUGGGCGGCACUCCCCCUAUCGCACACUGGAGCCAGUGCGCCCUCCAGUGGUACCAAAUGAUUACGUACCUAGCCCAGCCCGUACUAUGGCUCCCUCGCAGCAGAGCCCUGUGAGGACAGCUUCUGUGAAUCAAAGAAAUCGAACUUACAGCAGCAGUGGGAGUAGCGGAGGAAGCCAUCCUAGUAGUCGGAGCAGCAGUCGGGAGAACAGUGGAAGUGGGAGUGUGGGAGUCCCCAUUGCUGUUCCUACGCCUUCUCCUCCCAGUGUCUUUCCAGCCCCUGCUGGCUCUGCUGGUGCUCCUCCCCUUCCCACCACUUCUGCCCCUGCCCCUCUUCCUGCUACUGUCCCUCCUGCCUCUGCCCCAGACACUGCCGCUGCGGGUGCCCAGACCCUUGCUGAUGGCUUCACUUCUCCAACUCCCCCUGUUGUUUCUUCCACUCCCCCUACAGGUCAUCCUGUUCAGUUCUACAGCAUGAAUAGACCUGCCACUCGCCAUACUCCCCCAACAAUAGGGGGCUCUUUGCCCUAUAGGCGCCCUCCUUCCAUAACUUCACAAACAAGCCUUCAGAAUCAGAUGAACGGAGGACCUUUUUAUAGCCAGAACCCAGUAUCUCUUGCUCCUCCUCCUCCCUCCAUCCUACAGGUAACUCCUCAGUUACCUUUAAUGGGAUUUGUGGCCAGAGUCCAAGAAAAUAUUUCAGAUGCACCACCUCCACCACCACCUGUGGAAGAACCAGUCUUUGACGAGUCCCCACCACCACCUCCUCCUCCAGAAGAUUACGAAGAGGAAGAGGCAGCCGUGGUUGAGUAUAGUGACCCUUAUGCUGAAGAGGACCCACCGUGGGCUCCAAGGUCUUACUUGGAAAAGGUUGUGGCAAUUUAUGAUUAUACAAAAGACAAGGAAGAUGAGCUGUCCUUUCAGGAAGGAGCCAUUAUUUAUGUCAUCAAGAAGAAUGACGAUGUAAAUAGUGCCCACAGCUCACACCUACAGAAGCCCAGAAGACAAUUGUGCAAGAGGAGUUGGUGGUGGUCAGCUUGCCUGCUGGACCUCUGCUGGAUUGGGGAACCGAGAAGACGUCAGUGAAGUCCUUCAGGCUGAAGACCUGCCGCAGAGGGAUCCACGGUGGAGACAGCAUGGCAUGUCCUGAAGGCCACCUCUCCCUUUGAAAAGUGUUUGAUGGAGGAACUGGCAGGUGGUUGCUACGUCUUGGAAAAGAAUGGGGAUCUGCAUCACUUCCCAUCUGUUCACUUCUGAACUUCUUUGGCCAGGAACUCCUGAUCAGUGUUAAGGUGAUGAUUUCCCUCACAUGAUUUACUUAGUCAUAGAAUUUUAGAGCUAGAUGAGAAUUCAGAAAUUUUAGUUCAAUCCCAUUACUGAUGAGGUUUAGAUGUUUCCUUUUCAAAUAACAGCUAGUUAACAAAGGUAGAAUUCCUGACUCAGCGCCUGGUACACUUUCUACAACGGUCUUAACUGUGUUGUAUGUUUCUUUUAAAGUUCUACUGGAUGUCUUAAGGAAGAUACUUGAAAAGAUGCUAUGUCUCCAUAAAUACCGUUUAGAGUGUUGUUUAAAGGAGUGUAUUGAGUGUAGCCUUAAUUAGUGAAAGUAAUCUUCAUUUUAACCCUUUUAAAACUACACUCAGUACAAAUGGUCUUUUCCAUAAGGUGUAUGUAGCUAAAAUGUUACAGUGUCUGGGCACUAGAAAAAGCACAGCACAGCCUUAUUUGAGAGAGCCUUAGAAAACACUUCUAAAACAGGCAUUGCGCUCAUUACCUUAUGUUUAUUUUAUGCUGAUCUUUGUUCCUAUUUCUUGAGAAUCUCAUAAUUCUUUAAAAAAAAAAAAUUGACAAAUGACAGGGCCUAGCUGUGUAUAAAUGAUCCUUGCUAAAUAUCUUGAGGUUUUUUGUAAAAAAAAUCAAACAAAAGACAAAAAGCUUAUUUUCACAUUAAAAUGGAAACGUCUUUUGCAACUUCAGAAUUCUAUGGAAACGCAGUUUUUAUCAUAUGUGUCCAUGCAUCUUUUUCUUAACAAGAUGGUUUACAAAAAAGAAUGUAAACAAUAUGUGAUCUGGUCAGUUAUACUUUUAGCUCCCAGAGGGAGGGUUGGUGUUAUGAGUUGAGUAAAAACCCAUGUAGGAAAAUAUGAGGGAGCAGUCUGUUGCCAGUAACGUUUCUUGUGUGCCAUUAAACCACCUCCAGAUGAGUUGCGGGAACAUUCACUUUUUAAUUUUGAAAUUGUAUUUCAAAUUAAUUGUUGCUGUGUACUAAGAACUUGGCCUAAAUAAAAUCCUACAAAGUAUAUACAAAUGUCU